AUGGCUACCGCAGUCCAGCAACCCGUGUCUCAACCAGUGGGGAAUCGAGCCUCGCUCCAGUACAAACAAGUGCCCGAGACCAAGUAUGAGUCUAAUGUGGACCCCUCGAUAGUGGAAUGGGCCGACCUGGUCACUCUGGAUCUCUCCAAGUUUGAGCAACCAGGAGGAAAGGAAGCUCUAGCGAAGCAGCUCUUCAACGCUCUCCAAACCAUCGGCUUCUUUUAUGUCAUCAAUUUUGGCCUCACCCAAGAGGAGGUCGACCGCCAAUUCGCCAUCGGCAAGUCCCUCUUCGAGCUGCCCACCGAGGAGAAGAUCAAGUACCGCGCGGAUCUCGAAAACGGCGGAUACAACGGCUACAAACCGCUGGGCCUCCGCGAGGUGGCCCCCGGCAUCUUCGACAAUACCGAGAUCUACAACAUCCCCAAGUUUACCCCGCACUUCGAGAGGCCUCACCCGGAGGUGGUCAACGAGAACCGGCCCGAGAUCGAGCGCUUCGCUCGCCACAUCCACCACAACAUCGCUGGCAAGCUCCUCGUCUUGUUCGCCAUCAUCCUCGAGCUCCCAGAGGACUACUUCAUCUCGCGGCACCGCUACGAUGACGCGCCCUCGGACUGCCACCUGCGGUACAUGAAGUACCACCGCCGCGACGCCGAGACCAACGCCAAGCUGGACAACGUCUGGGUCAAGGGCCACACCGACUUUGGCAGCCUGACGCUGCUCUUCCGCCAGCCCGUCGCGGCCCUGCAAGUCAAGAGCAACGACGGCAGCUGGAAGUGGGUGAGGCCCUACGACGGCAGCAUCACGGUCAACGUGGCCGACGCCCUGCAGUUCCUCACCAACGGGUUCCUGAAGAGCAGUGUGCACCGCGUCGUGGCACCUCCCCCGGACCAGUCUAACGUUGACCGUUUAGGUCUGCUCUACUUCCUGCGCCCGGAAGACGACCUGGAGCUGAGGCCGAUCGAGAGCAGCGUGCUCACGAAGCUCGGCUACGAGCCUGACGCAGAGACGCAGUCCGCUGCGGGGAUCACCGCAGGAGAAUGGGUGAAGGCCCGCGUGAGGUCUGGGGUGAACAAGCAGACACAAGCUAGGAGUGAGGUUAAGGAGCAAGAGAUUAUCAAGGGCGUCAAGGCAAAGUAUUAUGAUUGA